CUCGUUGCUAAGGCGAAACUGGUGAUGAUGCUGCUGCUGGUGAUACUGCACCCACCGUAGAGAGAGUCUGCAAACCAGCUUUGGCAAGAGAUGCUGUGAAGACCCACAGAAAAAAUGACGGGAAGGGAGGUGAAGUUGUUCUCAACUGCAUUUCGGGACGUCUGACGAGCACCUUUAGGAUAUUUUUGUUCAGAUUGGCUUAAUUACAGAAGCAAAUGUGGAGCCAUGCGUUAUCGGGAAGCUGGAUGAAACUUGCAGGUGUUUUCCGACAGGCGUCGCACCGACAGGCUGCUGUUUCAUGGGGAAAUACAUCCAGCCUUAUUUAGUUAAACGUGUCUACCCCGAUAUCUGCAUUUUGUAAACCGUUUUUGCCUGUUUUGCCAAUAUUUUUUUCUUCUUUUUUCUAAACUGAAAGUGGAUUGCGCUGUGACCAAGCAGCAAGAUGAUCACCAAGUCUUAAUUAUUUAAUUUUUUUCCCUCACGUAUAAUGAUCAGAUCUAAAACAAAACACACGAAACUUCAUUCUGCCUUUCCGUAUAGAACAAGUUGUUCUUGAAGAACUGUUUACACGCAGACAUCCUUAAACUUAAGAUGUCGAGCUUAUUUCUCAUUCACACCGUUGGUAGAUCUUUAUAUUAGGCGUUUUAGGAUUUAAAAUAAUGCUUGAUCAGCAUAUACUGACGGAAUUUAAUUCAAGGCAAGCCAUGUAGCCUACACGGGAGCCUUUCUAAUUUGACGUCUAUGGCCCCCGGGGUUAACCACUGAUGUUUAGGUUUUAGUUUAGUUAGUCACUGCGCCUUUAACGUUAGUCUGAGUUUGUGUUAUGGACGACGUGAUUGAAUUAUAUUUAUGUAGUUAAACACCAAAGGCAUUUAAAGAGUCGCGAAUAUUCCAGCAGUUUAAUCGUCAACACAUUCACUCACUGGAGAGCAUUCUUUGCAUUUCCCAUGGACUCAUCCACGCCAAUGUGCACUCGAUCACUAUCCACUCAUACUAUCGGAUUAUGGAUUUAUUUCUCAUGAGCGCUCAGCAUGUGUUUUCUUCUGCAAGAUGUGUCGGCGCUUGUCUUUCGCUGUUUAACUUGACAAUUACAGGUCUGGACCCCGAGAUCUGCCAUUCUGUUCGCUUUUACAUCUAUACCAACGAACUGAAGGGAAACGUGCUGCUUUAGUUGGUGACACUUUCUCCAGGAUAUUGACAGCAGAUGAGGGCGAAACUUUUGUGUUGCUGUUUCCAUGCGUGACAAUCCCACAAGGACAUAAAGGAGUAAUAAUGCCCUUAAGAAAACGAGACACAGCCAGGGCAAUAUGCCUUCUGGAGGACUACUGCUCCAAACUGAAGAAACCAGAGGAACAACAGCUUAAAACUGCCAUCUUAAGAGUCAUGGACAUUUUCAAAAGCAGUCUUUUCCAAGCGCUCAUAGAUAUUCAGGAGUUUUAUGAAGUGACCCUGCUGAACUCUCAGAAGAGCUGUGAGCAGAAGCUGGUAGAGGUGAAUCACAUGGCUGAGCAGUGGGAACACACUGCCACCAACUCAACAUCACCCACAGAGGGUCCGCAGCCAGCCUCCACACCGCCAGAGUUGAAAGAGGACAGCCGGAUGGAGCUGACAGUAAAAGAGCCUGCUGUAGGAUGCGCCAAUACAGAGAACAGGCCUCCAGCGGUACAGGGCUCCCAGCACCAAAGCCACUCUCCAGCAUGUAUGAACCCGGCCCUGAUGAGCUCCCCCUGGGUGAGACAGAAACACGGGGGCCGCGCCAUACCAAAUCGUCUCUGUCUCUCCACAACUGAUUCGCCACACUCUUACCGGUAUCAGGACGAUGAUUCCCCUCCUCCUGAACAUAGCUUUCCUCGGCUCACCAAUGAAGUUCGAGCGCCGGAGUUGGUGCACGUGUCGGAGAAAAACCUCUCAGAAAUCGAGAAUGUGCAUGGUUAUGUUUCCCACUCUCACAUUUCACCACUUAAGCCUGCGCUGGUUACCCGGUUUGAUCUAACAUACCCGGGGGUGACCGCAGCAAACUACCUGGCAAGUCCUGCUCCAAUUAUUGUCAACACGGACACUUUGGAAUCUGUACCAUACGUAAAUGGAACAGAAAUUGAAUAUGAAUUUGAAGAGAUUACAUUAGAGCGGGGUAACUCAGGGUUGGGGUUUAGUAUAGCAGGCGGCACAGAUAACCCUCACAUUGGCGAUGAUCCCGGAAUCUUCAUCACAAAAAUCAUUCCUGGGGGAGCAGCGGCUGAAGACGGCAGACUCAGAGUCAAUGACUGUAUUUUGCGAGUGAACGAAAGCGAUGUUUCCGAGGUGUCUCACAGUAAAGCAGUGGAGGCUCUGAAAGCGGCCGGAUCGAUUGUGAGGCUCUAUGUUCGCAGGAGGAGACCGAUGCUGGAGACCGUCACCGAAAUCAAACUCAUAAAAGGACCAAAAGGGCUCGGCUUCAGUAUUGCAGGUGGUGUAGGAAACCAGCACAUCCCAGGUGAUAACAGCAUUUAUGUCACUAAAAUCAUCGACGGAGGUGCUGCACAGAAGGAUGGACGGUUACAAGUUGGAGACAGACUGCUUAUGGUGAAUAACUACACUCUAGAAGAGGUGACGCAUGAAGAAGCAGUGGCCAUACUGAAGAACACGUCAGAUGUGGUUUACCUAAAGGUCGGGAAACCCACUAGUGUCUAUCUCUCAGACCCUUAUGGGCCGCCUGAUAUCACACACUCAUUCUCACCCGCUAUGGAAAAUCAUAUCUCUUCCCCUGGUAAUAAUGGCACUCUGGAAUAUAAGUCCAGUCUUCCGCCCAUCUCCCCCGGCCGAUAUUCCCCCCUGCCCAAGCACUUGCUGGGGGAAGAGGACAUAAACAGGUUGGAUGGUUUUUCCUUUCUACGAAAUCCCUCAUUAGAUGAGAUGGAAGGUCACAGGUUUGAUUCCCAGCACUUCCAGUUGAGGCCUCCAGAGCCAGUUUACAGCACUGUGAACAAACUGAGUGACCGCGCUCCCUCUCCCCGUCUCUACUCCCCCGUGGAGUUUGAUAAAAGCCCCAUGCACUCAAUCCCUCACUUCCCUCACUAUCACGUAGGCCUGCUCCCUGACUCCGAGAUCACCAGGGAGCCCAGGAAGAUCGUUCUCCACAAGGGCUCCACCGGACUGGGCUUCAACAUCGUGGGAGGAGAAGAUGGAGAAGGCAUUUUCGUUUCCUUCAUCCUGGCUGGAGGGCCUGCCGACCUCAGUGGAGAACUGCGCAGAGGAGACCAGAUCCUGUCUGUCAAUGGAAUCGAUCUGCGAGGUGCCACUCACGAACAAGCCGCGGCAGCGCUGAAGGGAGCAGGGCAGACGGUAACCAUCAUCGCCCAGUACCGGCCCGAGGAACUUGCCCUGUGCUCCCCACGGCGGGCCCCGCCACCAACUGCAGAGUACGGGCGUUUUGAGGCCAAAAUUCAUGACUUGCGAGAGCAGAUGAUGAACCACAGCAUGAGUUCUGGAUCCGGAUCCCUCAGAACCAAUCAAAAACGUUCACUCUAUGUCAGGGCUCUGUUUGACUAUGAGCGAGCGAAGGACAGUGGUCUGCCCAGUCAGGGUCUCAGUUUCCGGUAUGGAGACAUUCUUCACGUCAUUAAUGCAUCUGAUGAUGAAUGGUGGCAGGCCAGAAGAGUGACGCCCGAGGGGGACAGUGAGGAGAUGGGCGUCAUUCCCAGCAAGAGGAGGGUUGAAAGAAAAGAGCGAGCUCGUCUGAAGACGGUUAAAUUCAACGCAAAACCCGGCAGCCUGGAUUCUAAAGGGUCAUUCAGUGAAAAACGUAGAAAGAACUUCAUCUUUUCACGCAAGUUCCCUUUCUACAAGAACAAGGACGCCGAUGAGCAAGACGGCAGUGACUCGGAACGGAGUCAAGAGGAACUGAUACUCUCAUAUGAGCCUGUCAUCAGACAAGAGAUUAAUUACGCCAGACCAGUUAUAAUCUUGGGGCCCAUGAAGGACCGAAUCAACGAUGACCUCAUCUCUGAGUUCCCUGACAAGUUUGGGUCAUGUGUGCCACCGGCUAACAGUUCUGAUCAAGAAGAUACUACCAGACCAAAGCGGGAUUAUGAAGUGGAUGGGAGAGAUUAUCACUUUAUGGCCUCUCGAGAACAGAUGGAGAAAGACAUCCAAGAGCACAAAUUCAUUGAGGCUGGACAGUACAAUGACAAUCUGUACGGAACCAGCGUCCAGUCGGUCAAAUACGUGGCUGAGAGGGGUAAGCACUGCAUACUUGACGUGUCUGGGAAUGCCAUAAAACGACUACAAGUAGCACAACUCUACCCCAUUGCCAUCUUUAUAAAGCCUAGAUCCAUUGAGUCCUUAAUGGAAAUGAAUAAGAGGUUGACAGAGGAACAGGCCAAAAAGACAUACGACCGUGCCAUGAAACUGGAGCAGGAGUUUGGCGAGUACUUCACAGCGCUGGUUCAAGGAGACACACUAGAGGACAUUUAUAACCAGUGUAAGAUGGUGAUAGAGGAACAGUCUGGACCUUACAUCUGGAUUCCCUCAAAAGAAAAACUAUAAAAAGUCACCUUACUCUGGCAGGGACCUUGGACUGCAAAAAAGAAGAAGAAAAAAAAACAUAGGAAUAAUUUGUAAUAUAAUAUAAAUUAUUAUUAUGGCAAUGUUUAUUGUUAACUCUUACAGUGAUUUUUUUGUUUGUUUGUUUAUUUAUUUAUUUUACGUUGCUUUUUUCACUUUCAAUAUGAAUGUUCCUGAAUGUACACCACAAAGUGUUAGAAGCAUUUUUGGUCUCUACAAGAAGUGGACUUUUUGUUUUGUAUAUUUAUCGGUUAGCGUUUCAUUUUAAGGGAAAAAAAGGAAACACAAUUUAACGCUGAGUAUUCUCCUUCAGUUGGGAUUUCGAGCGGAAGGACAAAGAAGUAGGUCAGAUCAUCAUGGAUGAUUUCCACCCACCAUCACCUCAACCCCCAAGAAGAAAAGACAAAUCAAUGUUUAUAUCAGCUUUCUUCACUUGUCACCCAAUCGGUUGGUUUCCACACACACCUCGCAGACUCAUUUCACAAACUCAGCAUCUAUGCACUCCUGUGGCUAACAAUACACACAUUGAUUGUGUUAUUUUUGGGGGGAGGGGAUUUGUAUUAUUUUGUACAGACAUCCAUUUUGUUUGCAAACAUUUAGUUUAGCGAAAAUUGUACAUUAUUUUUAACGGAUUCAAUCUUGUGAUGCUUUAGUUAGCAUAAACUGAAAAGGGGAAUAAAGUAGCUGUAGGAAAUCUGACACUAUAUUUUGCUAUUUAUAUUGAUAGAGGACACAACAGCACAGAAAAUAUUUAUAAAGAUGAAAUAUAUAUAUAUAACUUUGUCUAAAAAAAAUCAUUUUGGAAAUGAGGUUUUACUGGUACGGCUGUGUCAUAUUGUGUCGUCGCUGUUGUGUUGGUGAGAAUGAACGGUGCAUGUUUUCCCUGGACAAAACACGCUCUCUCUAAUCAGUCCAAUUCCGGAAUUCGCUUAUUCUAAAACAACCAAGAAUUCAGAAGUUCUUGGAACUCAAAGAACUUUAAUUGGCUGUUUGAGUUUAGAGUGUGACAUUGUUCAAAAUCUGGAUAGCAGGAAGGAAUUUGAUGUGAUUCGUUAGCUUUCGUCAAGCACCCUCUAAAGCAGUGGUCCCCAAUCUUUUUAUCACCGUGGACCGAUCAACGAUUGACAGUUUUUCCGCAGCCUGUUUGGGGUGGGUUACACGGUGUAUGUAGAUUGCUGGGCAACCCUCAACUGUUUUCUCAGAAGAUGACAAGCUGCAGCUCUCACACAAGUUUUAUUUAUGGAGAAAAUCUGUGUUUGUCUGAGAUAAUUAGUCUACCGAAAUGUGUAUAUUCCAUGGAUAUAUAUCAUACUGACCAUUUGAAGCUGAUCCAUCAUUUCUUAUCACUUGACUUGCAGCAUUCUCAAUAUUUGAGAGGUUUUCAACUAAGUACGCAAGUCGCAUGCCUGCAUUGGAAAUAACAAACUUACGCUCAGAAAAAACGCAAUAUGUGAAAAGGCCGACGUCAUUUGCGAUCUCCUGCAGUUGAUCUUCUUGCGCAGAUAUGCACCUGAUUUGUUGACAAAUGGGUUGCUGAUCCAUUCAUUGGCAGUUCAUGGGUGCUUAACUGGGCCUUUUCUCUUUCAUAAAAGAAACCUUCCAAACUUGCUGUUUCUUACUCAUUUUGCUAGCUUGUGGGUAGUGAUGGGUCGUUCUUGAAUGAUUCGUUCAUUUUGAAGGAAUCUUCUGUAUGACUUGAGAAUGAUGAGCCCUCUCAAGGAGUGAUUCGUUCAUUUGCGCAUGCACACAUUUGUGCAGGUGGAGUAGAAGAUUAGUUCCUUUUUUAAGUCCUCUAUCAUGUUUGAGUCAUUCUUUCAUCAUGUGAAAGAUAGAAGCCAAUUCUGAGCAGUCAGAGCCAGAAAAAGAUUUGAUUUGUUCAUCUCUCGAGUCCUCAGUUUGAGUCGUUCGUUCAUUCAUCACGUGAAUGACAGAUGCCAAUCAUAUGCAUUUAGAGCCAGAAAAAGAGUUGAUUCGUUUAUCACUCGAGUCCUCGAUUUGAGUCGUUCGUUCAUCACGUGAAAGACAGAAGCCAAUCAUAUGCAUUUAAAGCCAGAAAAAGAUUUGAUCUGUUCAUUUCUCGAAUUCUCAGGUUUGAGUCAUCUCUUUACAUGCUGUCACGUGAUAAACGAACAACUCAAAAGCCAGAAGACUCGAAUGGUAAACUAAUCGUGACUCCUUUCGGCCCAGACUGUGUGCUUUGGUUAAGCUUACAGUAAAUGGGACUGUGUGAAGUGAUCGAACCACUGAAAUUUGAAGACCUGUCAGAAGAGGUGUGCUGACAUAAUCAUAGACAAAAGACCAGGUAAACUAUAAAUGAUUCGUGCUUUUCUGGACACUCAAAGAGCUUUACAUAUUGGGGAAAUCUUCUUAUCCACCACUAGUGUGCAGCAUCCACCUGGAUGGUGUGACGGCAGCCAUAUUGCACCUGACCGCAUACCAGCUUAUUAGUGGAGAGGAGACAGAGUGAUGAAGCCACUUAUGUUAUGGGGAUGGUUAGGAGGCCAUGAUGGUCAGAGUCCAGUGGGCAAAUUUUGGCCAGGAUGCCGGGGUUAAACCCCUACUUUUUUUGAAGGACAUCCUGAGAUUUUUAAUGAACACAGAGAGUAAGGACCUCAGUUAAACAUCUCAUCCGAAAGACGAUGCUCAAUGAGCAGUAUAGAGUCCCCGUAACUAAACUGGGGCAUUAGGACCCACACAGACCACAGGUUGAGCACCCCCUGCUGGCCUCACUAAGACCACUUCCGGCAGCAACCUAGCUUUCCCAAGUGGUCUCCCAUCCAGGUACCGACUGGGCGCAGCCCUGCUUAGCUUCAGUGGGCGACCACAUGAGAAUUGCAAUGAGCUAGCUGUCGGCUGAUUUUACUAAUAUUUUCGCAAAUUGAACCAAAUGAUUCGAAAAAAAGAUUCAUUCAUCUCACUAAACGAGACUCAAAGGUUCGAACUUCUCAUCACUACUUGUGGAUUACAUCUUGGCGCUCAGGUGAUCGAGAGAUUGCGGUAAUGUUUCAAAAAAAAGAUUUUUACCAAAAAAAAGAAAAAAAGAUUGUUCAGAUUUAGAUAAAAUGGAAAUAAUUAAUGAUUUCUUGUGCGACCCAGUACUAAUUUAUUCACAAACUGGUACCGGUUCACGGCCCAGGGGGUUGGGGACCACUGCUCUUAAGUGUUUACAGUAUACCUCCACUACAGUUCAGAGAGAAAUGAUGGACGAUGUCGGCAAGUGGUCCUGUCUUAAAAGCAUUUGCGUAAACGUAGUAUAAAGAUCUCUGAAUUUAAUUUAUUUUUAUUGACGCUUGUUUAUGUUAAGGCAUGCUUUACACUCGUGUUCAUGACUUCUCGUCCACAUAUUCUGAGUGCAUACUUCUGUCAUUCGUGCCCUUUCCAUGUAUAGUUGAGAGAAGAUCCCCGUCCUUCUACAUUAAUAGCGAAGCUCUCGCCAUUCAUGGAAACUACAAAUGCCAAAAGCCAUUAACUCUGCUCACUCGUUUCAAAUGCGGGAUGGGGGGAGGGAUUUAUUUGUUGCAAUAUUUAUUGGGAGAUGUUACAGCACGGUUCUGUGGCAAGAGUCUUUUGACCUACUGGUCACCACUUGCCUUAAAAAAUAAUAGGGGAGGGCGGGGGAGAUGAGGCUUUUCGGGCCAGAUAGACAUUUUUUACGCUUUCUUGAAGACUGAGCACUUUUGUAUAUUUGAGAAAUUAUUCACAGAUUGUGUUCAACCAGAUGGUGGACACAGAGGGGGAUUUUCAGAAGAGAGAGAGACUGACUAUCACAGUGAAGCUCUUCAUGGUGUAAUAUGACUUUUUUUUUUGGAAUAACAAUCGAUAAUGUGUAUGUUAUUAUGACGAUGUAAACCAUGGAUGGCAUCUGACUAUCAGAAUAUAAAUUGAACAAUUGAAAUGCUGUGAAAUUCUUGUUUCUCUUCGACACGUGUAGAUUUGCUUUUCUCCUUGUACUUUCGGCUGUUCUAUCAUCUGUAGCAUAUCAUUUAUUUAUUUUAUAAUGCACACAAUAAGGCAUAGAUUUUGAAUACCCUAGAUUUGCAUUUAUUUGGUAACAGAAAGUGCAUCUCGGUUAAGUAGCUUCAUUGAGAAUCAAAACCCUGCAGAUUGUACGCACUCCAACGAGGCUUUCUGAAGCCUCACGGUGCUCAUCGUCUGAUUUGGUCCAUUAAUUCCAAUUGAAUGUUCAGCUUAGUCGAACGUGCUGCAAUGGAGUUGUUUUUGUCUCAGGGUUGCCAGAUAGGGCUUAAUCACUGAUAUUAAACCUUCGGAUCUGAGUGCAUCGGUUUAUCACACAAAUCUCCAAUGUUUUCCUCCUGAUACCUGCGUUUGCAUUCGGUCUUCUGUUCUGUCCUGAGAGUUCCUUCUGUGAUUUAUUUGUCCCCAAAUGGGUGAUGCAAACUAUUUUCAAUGCACUGUUUGUUUGUUUAUUUAUUUAUGUAUUUGGUUUUCUAAAUCCCAAAUCAUGUGCAAUUGUGUAUAUAAGUAUCUGUUUGCACUUAUUGUAGUUGUAUAGGAGAUCUUUAAUUAACACUGUCCCCAAAACUCUCUGUUUUUUUGUUUUUUUUCUAUUUAUAUCACAGGAGAUUAAAGUUAAAUUAUUAAACACUUACAUCCCCUUCUGUUUGUAGGUAUCAUUUCCCAGCAUUCCAUGGGUUUACCGAUUUAAGCACACUUGGGUAAGGUGAGACUGUAAAGGUAACCUCACUUGUCUGUAAAGAGGAAAGUAAUUUUCGUUUCACUCUUCGUCUGUUGGCUUUUCCGAAGGAUAUACAAAGAAAGGAACCUGUCGUUUGCAUCUUGUUACAGUUUGUAUUCCUGGUUGCUUUGAGGAAUCCUAAUAAAGACAUUGUUUUAGGUAAAUGUGAAGAUA